GUCUAUUUUUUUUUACUGUUAUUAUUGAGUGAUAUGUGUUUAUAAAUACGUAAUGUGAUGUAAAUCAUCAUUUUUUAAAUUCAUUAAUUCAUUAAAACUCAUUAAAUUAAAGAUAGUACGAAGUAAAAUAUUAAAUCUCAAAGUGUCUUUUAAAGAAAGAAACCAAAGGUAUACGUACAUACAUAUGUACGUGGUAUAAUAAUUGCUUAGAUGAAGGAUUUAGAUUUAAUAAUGAACAAUUCUGACUGUGCAUCGUGUACCUUGGAACCACCGCCUGACAUUCUCCACAUACCACCGCCACCGUUUCCAACUGUUCUUCAACAGGGUUCCGAUUUCUACUUACAUGCAGAUUUGUUAUCAUUUCUACCACAUCUUAAUAACAGCCCAUGCAAACACUUCUGCGAUCGGCGUUCCGAAGGGGUGCAAUACAUAGAAAUGCCUCAACAAGGUACGGUGUUCGAUGACACGUGGUUAUUGGUUUUAAUAUCAUCUUGUGUCGGUGUAAUUUUUAUAGGCAUAAUAUUAGCAACGUUGCUCUUGAAAUGCAAAUUUAAUAGAAGCGGUAAAAGCAGCGUGAUUUCCAUACCAAACGUAACAUCCGGCAUACAAACAAAAAUGGGAAGAAUUCAAAAUGAAGCCGUACUUUAUCCUUGCACGACCGAUGCCAUGCAAGAUAGUCGUGUUAUGUGGGCUACACUUACACCACGGGGUACUACAAGACACUAUUUAGAGGAACAUACAUAUGAAACAAUUGGCGGCGGACAAUUCCAUAAACGUGCCUGUUCAACCACACCAACUGAACAUGUAAAACUCAAGACUUACGCAGAUCCGCCGGUUGCUAUGCCAAUUCAGAAUCAGCUGAAGGACGACAAAGCAUUUGAUAACACUGCGUUUGUAGAUUACGAAGAACCUUCCUUAAUAAAAAAUGAUUACUGUCAGCUUAAUGAUACUUUGGAUCCAAAUGAACUAGGCAUGCAGAAAGGAACAUCGCGUCCCCGUGUCAGUUCACCAACGAGAAUUGAACAUCCAAAUUUACCACCACUUAAUCUUUACCCUCAUAAACAUUCUUUCCGCAAAAAUUCUGCUAUACCACAAGCUUCGGAUACACUAAUUAGAAAUAGUAUUACAUCAUCUACGUACAUUCCUACUAUAUGAAUUUCAUCAAUUUGAGUAUUUCAUCAUACUUAAACGCUUAUAGCAUAAGUAACGUAACAGUAAGUUUUAUAUGCAUUACCUACUACGUAUUUACUUAUUCUAAACGAUUUAUAAGUUAAAUAAAACAAGUUAAUUACAUACUUUUUUUUUUACUCAUAAACUAUAAAUAUAAUAAUGUGAUUACUGUUAUCCAAACAAUAUGA